AUGGCGGUGCACGGCCUGCGGCGCGAGGCGGCCGUGGAGGAGCUGUGGGGCGUGCUGCUGCCUCCGCAGCGGGCGGAGGACUCUGACUCGGAGGCCGAGGAGGAGGCUGAGGAGGAUCCGCACUUUGCGGAAGCUGCGCUGCUGGAGGAUUCCGGGCCGCAGUUGGUGGCCGCGCUGCCGCCGCGCCGAGCUGUUGUUAUACAAGAAGAGCACUCCAAAAAAGAGUAUCAAGUAGUUGGACGUUUUCCAUUAGUCGGCCCUUGGUGGAAAGUUAAUGUGAAAGCCAAGAGAAUGGGGUCAAAGUACUUUGUGCAAGGAUAUCCAUCGUAUUUUCUGCGGACUGAUAUCGGAGAGAACAACCGACAAGUCUUUUCACUCUUUCUUAAGGAAUGUGAUGUUCCUGAGGAUUUUAAACAAAGAUUUUUCACUUGGCUUCCUAUGGACUCUGUGCUGAGUUUUAGAAAUCUCAAAGAAAAGCUUAAACAGUUCCAAGUUUCGUGCGUACAGACAGGGCAGAAGCAAAGAAUCACCAAGGAUCAUGACAUCUUCUACUACGUUUCAAAAUCAUUUGCAGGCAAGGCAGUUUUGGUAGCUCUGACUUUUCCAAUGAUAUUGGAGUUCCUGCCAGUUCUUCUGCCCCGCCAUUUCUGCUCUCUUGUGGAUAUGGUGUCCUGGCAAACAAAGGCUGAAGAAAACAAUGGUGUGGAUGAUGAGGAAGUACAUUUUCAAGGGGAGAUGCUACCAAAAUUGGAUAAGAUGUUGAAGGACGAUCCAUGGAAACUUGGAUUCAGCAGGAUUAUCUACAGUGAACUGAACCUUUCUUACUGUGAGGCAGCAUGGGCAGCCUUCUGCCAGUGUGAGCACCUCCUCUGGAAGAUUCCUGACUUGCAGAAGAAUGCAUUAAUUCUGUAUGAUCAGCUGAAGAAACAGUGCAGGGAGAUGGGACACACUUACGAAGAUCAAGACGAGUUGGCUCGCUUUGUGUCGAAGGAGAUGCCCAUUGAGCAGGUUUGGCAGUCUCUUGAGUUUCUGAAAGAUCAGCACAUAGUGAUUAGGGAGAAGAAACUGGUGUUUCUGCCUCAUCUUUACAAAUCUGAAAAAGGCAUUGCCACGUGUAUAGGUGACCUUCUGUCAAAAGGCUCAUGGCAACUGGAUGUUGAUGUGAGAAAGGUACUUAACGGUUCUGAGACAGCAGGAGAAAUAGGAGAGGACAAAGUGAGCCCUACCCAGGCUCAGGAAAUGGAACAGCUGAAGGAAAUGUGUCAGGCCAAUUCUAACUGUGAAAACCACUUCCCUGAAAAGGAAUUGGGGUCUGUGUCUGGUACCCAAGGUAAAGCAGAGGUGGACUUGGAUCAAGUGACUGCGAUGGAAAAGAUUUGUUCUAAUCCUGUCACAGUCAUAAGUGGAAAAGGAGGCUGUGGGAAGAGUACAAUAGUUAGCCGCCUCUUUAGUCACUUAAAGCAGAUGGAAAAAGAAGUGGAAGCUGCUUCCAAGGACUUUGAAGAAGACCUGGAUGCGUCUGAGGAAUGGAAUACCUUUGAUCAUCUGUCAGAGUCAGAGAAUAUGUACACAAAAAAAAUACUGAAUGUGCUCUUUACUGCACCUACAGGGAGGGCUGCAAGCCUUCUGCGUGAAAAAAGUAAGCUUCCUGCAUAUACUCUGCAUCAGAUCAUCUAUAGCUUUAAAUCAUGGAAGCAAAGUGAAAAAGGUCAGCCAUGGAAGUUUGCUUGUGUGACAGUUCUGGUUGUGGAUGAAGGAAGCUUGGUGUCUGUACACAUUCUUAGUUUAGUUUUAAAACUCUUGUGUGAGCAUUCUCAGCUUGCCAAACUUAUUAUUCUAGGUGAUACAAGACAGCUGCCAAGCAUAGAGCCAGGAAACAUGUUAGCUGAUAUGUUUGAGGGUCUCAAAUCAAGAGGAUUCUCUGUGGAACUGCGAACUAAUCACAGAGCUGAAUCACAGCUAAUUGUGGAUAAUGCAUCAAGAAUCUCUCACCGGACGCUUCCUGAAUUUGAUGAAGUGCUGAAAGUGUCUGACUGGAAUGAGGGAAUGAGAAUGCCAAGCCCAGAGAAGAAAUUCAUCCUUAUUGCUUUGCCUGCUGGUGGGGAUUGUCACAAUUUGCAAACUGCCAUAAAGACUUUGCUUAAAAAGGGACCAGGAUUGCAGGAUGCCAAGCAGUCGCAGUUCAUUGCCUUCAGAAGGCAAGACUGUGAUCUAAUAAAUGAACUUUGUUGCCAGCACUACUCAAAUCACGUCACCAGGGACCAUAGAAACAGACUUGUAUUUCAAAUUGAUGACAAGAUUUCCUGCAUGAGGAAUACCUAUCUCAGGGAUCUCUUGGCAGAUUCUGAUUUUAAAGAGGAUCCUGCUCCCCAGAAAUGUGAAAAUGGAAAUCCCACCCUGACUGCAGAGCCUGCUGAGGAGGACAGACGACUGUGCAAUGGAGAUAUGUUUUUCAUAACAGGGGAUGUAGAAGUCAAUAAGCAGCGCUUCCUGACCAUCAGCAGCACCUAUGGCUCCACUUUCACUGUGAAGUAUAAAGCACUGAAGAAGCUGUGUAACAUCAGACAUGCAUGGGCCAGGACUAUUCACACAUUUCAGGGUUCUGAGGAGAACACUGUUGUGUACGUGGUGGGCAAGCCUGGCCGGCAGCACUGGCAGCACGUGUACACAGCUGUGACCAGGGGCCGCUGCCGUGUCUACAUCCUAGCUGAGGAGCAGCACCUCAGGAGGGCAGUCACCAACAAGAACAUGCCCAGGAAAACUCGUCUGCAGAGGUUCCUGAGAGAGGCAGUGGCAAACACAAGCCACUGGCCUUCCACUCCCCUGGCCAACAGCUGCUGGCACAAUCAUAAGCUUGAGCCUCAGGCUGUUUCUUUAGCUCAAGGUGCCCCUGACCCAGCUGAACCUCUGACUGACUUGGCUGAACAGCUCUCAACUCUGAGUGGAGACAGGCAGAAGGGUGCUUUGCAGAGUCCAUAUAAAAGACCACAAACACUUCUGGAGAACUGUGAGGAUGCUGAUUCCCCACUUGGGUCUACCAGACUUAAGAAUCUAACAUUGGGAAAAGCAACUCCUAGGAAGCUUUUCAAAAGCUAA